AUGAUCUCCAUUCUCUCGCUACUCUCCCUCCCUCUCUUCCACAACCUCGCCCAUGCAGGCACCAUCUACCACAGCAACUUCACCUCUUCCCUAUCCCCCUUCUCCGCUUGCAAUGUAGAAUCUCCAUCCUACUCCACCGCCACCGACGGCAACCUGACCGUCUACUUCGACGAGUCCUACUACGACGGCACCCGCGAUCGCAAAGGCGCCGAGAUCUGCGUCUUUGAGGACGGCACCAGCACCAACGUGCGCCAAAUGACCAAGGAAGGCUGGCAGGGCUUUUCUAUCUAUGUGCCGUCGGACACGUACCCGACGGACAAGAGCGCCAUCAUUGCGCAGCAGUUCUGCCCCGGCGGGUGCUCCUCGUGGUGUGGCACCGUCGAGAUCGUGAAUAAUACUCUGCAGACUACGCACCGCGCGGCUUGUUCUACUGGUACGACGGCGACUCUUGUGGAUGAUAUUGACAGAGAUGCUUGGCAUAGUGUCGUGGUGCAUAUGCGCGUGUCGGAGGAAAGUGAUGGGGCUUAUGAGGUUUGGUGGGAUGGGGAGCAGGUGUAUAGUGUGGAGGAUAUUGAUGUGGGAUUUGGGACUUGGGAUGAUAAUGAUACGUUGACCACCGGGUGGUAUUUUAAGAAUGGGGAGUAUUGUUUUGGACGCUCUACUUUGAUAACAUCACUUGCAUUGACCAAGCAAAAUGCUCCAUCAGAAUCCAAGAUCACAACAAGUGAGACAAAUGUAAAUGUCCCGCACUACGGCCUUGGCGAAGCAGAAUUAGCCAAAAACAUGUCAUCUAUAAGCGCUGCUCUCGUACGCCGAGGCACCGAAGUCAUAUCGGCUCGGCUUCAGACCAGCCAACAGCCUCUCAUUAAAGAAUGGAUAGGCAUCUUUCUCGUCUUCUUCACUGUUUUUGCUUUCGGCCUUGCAAUAAAUUGGGUCGCCUACACCUGCGCGGAAGUCAUCGCAACCCUAGCCGCAAUCGAAGACCCCAACUCCAACUCAACUCCCUACAUCCACCUCGACAACGAAACUACCAACCCCGAUGACCCCGAACUCAGCACCAUCACAACCUCCAAGCCAAUAACCAGCGACUUCCGCACAGCAAUCAACCACCUCCGAACGCUCGGCGGCGGCGGUUUCUUCUCAACCUUCCGCGGAUUCCGAAUGUAUCUCGCCUUCAUCUGGCUAGACGCAGGCUUAGCCCUUUUAAUCCCAAUGUUCAUCCCCGUUCCCAUCCACAUGGGCCUCGUCUCUUUCAUGACCGACUUUAUCGGCAGAAUGUUCCUCGCUACGGGCAAACGGCAUGGGUUCAUCUAUCGACGAAUGCUGGGCUAUCAGCAUUGGAGAAGAAUCGCUCCUGUUGCUGUUCUGCAUAAUGUUGUCAUGUCUGUGACUUACUCGGUGAAUCUGGCUGCCUCUAGGUUUGUUGGGAGGGUUAUUUGGGUCAUUCUUGGUGGUGAGCAUGGGAAGGGGUCGAGUGGUGGAAAUGCAGAGGGAGGGAUUGGCGUUGUUCUCCUGAUAAUGUUCUUUUUAUUGCUUACUGUGCCUGUUAAGGCGAUAUUCACUCGUGUGGCUGCUUCGAUGUUGCCUGAGGGACUUGAUCCGAUUUUGCCGUUUGAUCGGCGGUUUGGUGGUAAGGUGAUACCGGAGGGUGGGAGCGAGACUCUGAGUAUCAUGGAGGCGUGGACAACGUUUGAAUGGUCUGCUCGAGUUCGAUAUUUUAAGGUUUUUCUCAAGGCGCUUGCUCUUGAGGUCGCACUUGGUGUUCUUGGAGGUCUCUUGGUUAUUGGGGAGUUGAAGUGGUUGCUUUAUUCUCACUGA